GUUUCUCGAUAUCUAAUUCGGUUUUUAAACGCAUUUAUUUAUGUCAUUUUAAAUGCAUUUAUUUGUUUUGUUUUGUAAAAUAUUUUUUAAAAAGUCUUUUAUUAUGAAACUGAACAAUUUAUCCGGAAGUUUCAAAAACUCCACGGUCAACGUUAUCGAGAGUUGUUUUGCUAGCUAGCUUUGAAAUGUAAAUAAUAACGGAAUAUAAAAUGGCAGCGUUUUCAAGCUUGUAAUAUUUUGUUCAAGGUUUCUUCAGUUAUGGAGACGGCCUCAAAAGGAAAGGCCAAGCGGAGGCACCUGAGUGCAGCAGAGUGCAGCGAUUUGACCCAAAGCCUCACCGGCAGCCCAGCAAUCACACAACCUUUCACCGUCAAUCUCCAUAAUAAAGACCUAAAUAAAGGACUUCAGCCCAGGAGUCCAACUAAAAGGAGAAGAAGAGUGUCAGAUGGCCAACAGCAGAGAGUCAUUACGGGAUUCUUUGCGUCUACUGGAGUCCUUAGCAGCAGCCCGCGACAAGGCAAAAUAGUGAAGACGGAGCCUGGACCGAACAGUCACAUCGCCCUGAAAGAGGAGGAUGAAGAAUCGCAUGUGGUGAUGGACCUCAUGGACGGAAUUACUGAAGAGAUGUUUAAGGAUGAUGAGGAGUUUGAGACAGGCAAGUGUUCGGUAAAGAAAGAGGAGAACGAGCAGGACUGGACAGGAGCAGGAUGCAGCAGUUGGGCGUCUCCUCCACCUGGAUCCAGCUUUAUUAAUGGACACAUUUUAAAGGAUGGAGAAGAAGACGAAGAGUAUGAUGUGCAAAGCCUCCCUGAUGCUCAUUACGGGUUACUGGGACUGAAUCAGACGCUGCUGGAGCCCAAGGGUCACAUUCAGGACUUGCCUGAAGAGGUACUGAGUGUUAUUUUUGCCCAGCUUCCAGCGGAUGAUCUUUACCGCCAUGUCAGUCUGGUGUGUCAGCGCUGGAGAAACAUCGUCAUGGAGAGCCAGUUUCUGCCAUGGAAGAAGUUGUACUACAGAUGUGAGAAGCAGGAGGAGAUGGCAGUGAAGGAGCUGAAGGCCCUCCUUGAAGACAACGGCAUUGUCAGAAAGGAUGAUCUCUGUGUGCUGAACAUGGUGAGGUACAUGUCGCAGUUUAAGCACAGCAAACGGGUGAACGUGGCAGAUGUUUUGCGGUGUGUGAAAGGCCAUCGACUCUACGCCCAAGCGGAGGUCUGCAUCAAGCACAGGCUGCCAGACAUGGAGACGAUUGAUGGGGGACCAAACCCCUGGUCUGCCAUGGCUCUGAUACUGAUCCUUGCAGAUGGGGUGAGGGAUAUCCUGGACCUGGUGGCUCGAUUACGAACCUCUGGCUGUUUACUCACUCCAGACAGGAUCUCGGAGUUCCUAUGGGCCAUGGCUACACUUCUCCUCGCCAUGAGGAACACCAACAUUACCAUCACUAACAGGUGGCACUACAAUAUAUUUUACGUGUUGCAUCUGAUGGAGAACGCACCUCCGCCUCCGAGUCAUGGUGACGGCAGAGAAAAGCAGAUACACGUCACUCAUGAACAGCAGCAGAUCCUCAAUCACGACAUCCAGAGAGACCACGUUGUCAAAAUCAUGGCUUUUGCCGGUACUGGAAAGACAACGACUCUGGUGAAGUAUGCUCAACAAAGACCACAUCUUCACUUCCUCUACGUUUCCUUCAACAAGUCAGUGGCCGUGCAGGCCAAUCGCAGUUUUCCUUCUAAUGUAGAGUGCCGGACCAUCCACUCUAUGGCCUACAAAGCUAUUGGACACAGGUACAGAAAUCUGAGUAAGCUGUGCAGUAACUUGAAGCCGUUCACGGUGGCUUGGGUGCUUCCUAAGGGCCGCGGCGGCUACGUCAACGCCAAGGUGGUGACUCAAACCAUCAACAACUUCUGCUCCUCCACGGACGAGUGCAUUGGUCCACAGCAUGUCCCGGACCGUUACAAGAACACCAACGGGCGUGAGGAGUGCCCAACCGAAUCCAAAAGGAAGGAGUUUGCAUAUGACGCACAAAACAUCUGGAUGAAAAUGACUGAGCUGAAACCCACCAAAGAAGCGGUGCACCACAUAACCCAUGAUGGUUACCUCAAACUAUGGCAGCUGCAGAAGCCUGUACUCAAAGACUAUGAUGUGAUUUUUAUAGACGAAGCUCAGGAUUGCACUCCAGUCAUCAUGGACAUCUUGCUUUCUCAGUCCUGUGGAAAGAUCCUGGUUGGAGAUCCCCAUCAGCAGAUAUACACUUUCAGAGGAGCUGUUAACGCUUUACACACUGUUCCACACACGCAUCUUUACUACCUCACACAGAGUUUUAGAUUCGGCUCUGAGAUCGCCUACGUCGGUGCGACGAUCCUAAAUGUAUGCAAAAAGGUGAAAAAGAUUUUGGUCGGUGGACACCAGAAUGGCAGUGUGAGAGGAGAGGACAAUGAGACUCUGGACACCAUAAAACAGGCUCAUACACAGGUUGGAGGAAAGGUGGCCAUUUUGUGUCGCUGUAACCUAACCGUGUUUGGUGAAGCGGUACGGCUCACGGAUAUCAACCCUAACUGCAAGAUCCACAUCGUCGGCGGUGUUGAAAAUUUUGGGUUGAAGCAAAUCCUGGACAUCUGGAUUCUGAUGCAGUCAGAGGACCGUCGUAGGAACGAAAGCCUGCAGAUUAAGGACCCGUUUAUCCGGAGCUUCUGUAAGGAGAAGCUGGGUGGUUACGCAGGCCUGAAGAAGUACGCCGCACACACGGAAGACCAUGAGCUGGUAGGCAAACUGUCCGUGGUGGAGAAAUACAACAAGCGCAUUCCAGAGCUGGUGGAUCGGCUGUACAGCUGCGCUCAGAGCAAGCCGAACUGCGCAGACUACAUCCUGGGCACGGUGCAUAAAUCCAAAGGUCUGGAGUUUGAUACGGUGGUGGUGACGGACGACUUCAUAAAAGUGCCCUGCUCCAGACACAACCUGCAGAGAAUGAACAUUAACCCAGGUAUCAGACAAGCUGAUGCAGAUGAGUGGAACCUGCUGUACGUGGCCGUGACUCGAGCCAAGAGAGCGCUGUUCAUCACCAAGAGUGUCAGCAACAUCCUCACACUUGCAGGGGAAUACUUUCUGAGGUUUGAGCUGACCUGUACGCUUUUAAAUAAGGAUCAGUAUCGAAGAUGCAGCACCAGAGAGUGUCCUAACCUCAUCACUGUGGAGUCACCGCUCAGCAUGCACAAACUCCCUGUCAGAUAUAUGGACAGUACAGAGGAAGGCGGUGUUCUCUGUGCUACAUGUGUGGAACAGCGUGUAGGUCCUGUAGCUUUCCUGCUCUCUCCACCUGAGACGAUCAAGUUCAUGCAUUACACCGAGGAACUUCCUGAGCUGCCUAUUAACAUCGCCAUGCUGCUGGCUCUGCUCUAACAGCACAUACAUCUGUGUGUGUGUGUGUGUGUGUGUGUGUGUGUGUGUGUGUGUAGACUGUAUUUUAUGCUUGUGGUUAACACUGAUUUCACAGGUGAAGUCGGAUAAUACGUUUCAACAAUCCUGUUUGGGUUAUACUUCAAAAAUCAGAGUCUUUCCACAGAGCCUACAGUGUUGCUUGAGUGAAGUGAAGAAUCCACACACUUAUUUGCUAAUAUAUUACAGUCGAUUGCAGAAUUUUUGGCACCCUUUAAACAACCCAAAAAGGCAGGACAUUUUUAUUUAUACCAACAAGACAUUAAGGGGUGGGGGGGAUGGUGUAAAAAUAUCAUUUCAGAUGUUUUUACCUCUAAUUCUUUCCUCUAAUUCUUUCCAGCUUUUAUUUCUGGAUAGAUUUUGUCUCCUCAAUUGUAAUUUCCACACCUUACACCCACCCACCUUCCAGUUUUAACUUCUAUUUUAUAUUUCGCACAAAAGAAUUGCAAAACAACACC